GAUUUUCAGUAAGCAUCCGAAGCGAUCCGCGAGUAGAAGUGCCUUUUACCCAUCGAUCUUGGAAAUUAAACUUAUAAUGUUCUCGAAACUGACAACACGCGGCAUUGCCACCCGCCUCAGCUACUUGGCCCAGAAGACAGCUGCCCAGGAGUCGGCCACUUCAUCCGGAUCUUCCCUUUCCGAGGCCGUCUAUGCCCGGGAAAAUAAAUACGGUGCCCACAAUUACCAUCCACUGCCGGUUGCCUUGUCCAAGGGCGAAGGCGUCUUCGUCUGGGAUGUGGAGGGAAAACGCUACUUCGACUACUUGAGUGCCUAUUCGGCAGUCAACCAGGGCCACUGCCAUCCAAAGAUCGUCAAAGCCUUAACCGAACAGGCCUCCAAAUUGGCCUUGACAUCGCGUGCCUUUUAUUCAGAUGUCCUGGGCGAGUACGAGGAGUAUGUGACUAGGCUGUUUGGUUUCGACAAAGUGCUGCCAAUGAACACGGGUGUUGAGGGUGGAGAAACCGCCUGCAAAUUGGCCCGCAAGUGGGGCUAUCUGGAGAAGAAAAUACCAGCCAAUCAGGCCAAGAUCAUUUUUGCCCGCAACAAUUUCUGGGGACGCACCCUGUCCGCAGUUUCGGCCUCCAAUGAUCCCAGUAGCUACGAGGGAUUUGGACCCUUCAUGCCGGGAUUCGAGUUGAUCGAAUACGAUAAUGUUACAGCACUGGAGGAGUCCCUCAAGGAUCCCAAUGUGUGCGCUUUCAUGGUGGAACCCAUUCAGGGCGAAGCCGGUGUGGUGGUCCCGAGUGAUGGUUAUCUGAAGAAGGUCCGUGAACUCUGCUCCAAGUACAAUGUCCUCUGGAUUGCUGAUGAAGUGCAGACGGGAUUGGCCAGAACCGGAAAAAUGCUGGCUGUUAAUUACGAACAGGUUCAGCCAGACAUUCUGAUCCUGGGAAAGGCAUUAUCCGGUGGCUUGUAUCCUGUUUCUGCGGUUCUCUGCAACGAUCAGGUGAUGCUGUGCAUCAAGCCAGGAGAGCAUGGAUCCACUUACGGCGGCAAUCCUUUGGGCUGCAAGGUGGCCAUGGCCGCCUUGGAGGUCCUGCAGGAGGAAAAGCUGGCCGAGAAUGCCUUCAAAAUGGGUCAACUGCUGCGCAGCGAGUUGUCCCAGCUGCCCAAGGAUGUGGUUUCGGUGGUGCGCGGAAAGGGUCUGCUCAACGCCAUCGUCAUUAAUAAGAAAUACGAUGCCUGGCAGGUGUGCCUGAAGCUCAAGGAGAAUGGUCUUCUGGCCAAGCCCACCCAUGGCGACAUCAUUCGUUUUGCUCCUCCACUCGUCAUCAAUGAGUCUCAAAUGCUCGAGAGCAUCGACAUUAUCAAGAAGUCCAUUCUGUCUAUGUAGAUUUUCGGAUCGGAGCUCUUUUAUAGCUCGAAUAGCAUUUAUCAAGAUUUAUGUUAAGUUUUUUGGAAAGUCUGAAAUAAAUUACAAUUUUAAUAAUUUUUAUAUAAAA